AUCUUUUUACAGAACAAUGUCGGAUGCAAAAGCUACUGCGGGCAGCGAGCCAGAGGCCGAGCCGCUCACGAAACGGCUCAGCAAGGCGUCCCGCAAGAUACACAACGUUAGCAAUUCGCUGGUGAACGCGAGGCUCAUUGCUCUGUUCUCCGACAAGGACCUCUACGCGAAGGCGCUCGGGUGCUUCUACUAUGUAUUUGUGGCGCUAGAAGCAGCUCUGGAUGAGGCUCUCAAAAAAGGCGACGCCGACGUGUCAAAAUUCAAGGACGUGCUCAAGGGCGGGCUGUACCGGGCGCCAGGCUUCAAGCAGGACGUUCAGCACUAUCUGGGGGCGACCUGGCAGGCGCAGCUGGGGACCAAGAGCCAAGCGCUCAAGGACUAUGAGGCCCACCUCGCCAGCCUGGGCCGCAGCUCCCCGGCGCUGCUGCUGGCGCACGUGUACACACAGCACCUGGCCAUGGCCUCGGGCGGCCAGAUCGUGAAGCGUUGGGCGCGCAAGAUUUUCCAGCUGCCGGACGACGUGGGCACUGCCGCCUUCGACUACACGGGCGAGAGCAACAACACGCUGCGCUCGGCCUUCAAGAAGCAGUUUGACGAGUGGGGCGCGGCGCAGCCGCAGGAGCUGCAGGACCAGCUGCUGUCGGAGCACUUGGCGGCGUUUGGCCACAACAACGCCAUCAUCAAGGCAUUCCCGCUGCCAGCCACCGCCAUCAUCGCCGGCGCCAUCCGCGUCACGCCGCGGCCGGUGCUGCUGGUCCUGGUGGCGCUGCUGGGCUGGUGCCUGGCCUUCAUAAUCCCCUGGCUCCAGACCAAGCUGCAGGACCUGGCUGGCGUGCCUAUGCACAUGCGCUACUGAGGCUGUGUGUGUUGCGCGCCACUGGGACUCAGCUCCGGCGACUGGCCGACUUGGAGGUCCGCUGGGGAGCCUGGAAGAAAAGGGUAUGAUGCGCGCCACUGGGAGGUCCGCUGGGGAGCCUGGAAGAUGGGAAAGCUGGUGUGCAGGGAGCGGGCGGCCCGGCGCCUCGGCGGCCCGGUGCCGUGGAGGCGUGGCGCGAGCGGCUGCGCUUGCAUGCGGGGUGCAGC